CAGGAAAACGAAGAGCCCUCACGUUUUCACACAGAAUCCUCCAUCAGAGUUCUCCAAUCCUAAAGUAUUCUGCAAAGUACCACUUGACAGGAACUUUUGCCUGCCUCUUCCUUUCUCCAACCACCAUGACUGAGAUCACUGCUGAAGGAAAUGCAUCUACUACAACAACGGUUAUAGACAACAAAAAUGGAUCUGUACCCAAAUCUCCUGGAAAAAUACUGAAGAGGACAGUCACAGAGGACAUAGUGACCACAUUUAGCUCCCCAGCAGCCUGGCUUCUGGUCAUUGCUCUGAUAAUCACAUGGUCAGCUGUUGCCGUUGUUAUGUUUGAUUUAGUGGAUUACAAAAACUUUUCAGCAAGCUCGAUUUCCAAAAUUGGUUCAGAUCCUAUAAAAUUUGUACAUCAUGCUGUGGAGGAAACAACGGACUGGGUCUACGGCUUCUUUUCUUUGUUGUCUGACAUCAUCUCAUCUGAUGAAGAAGAUGAUGACGAUGGGGACGAGGAUACUGAUAAAGGAGAAAUAGAAGAGCCUCCUUUGAAAAAAAAAGAAAUACGCAAAGAAAAAACUGAAAAGCCGGAGAAACCUGAAAGAAAAAUACAAACUAAAGUUACACAAAGAGAAAAAGAAAAAGACAAAAUAAAAGAAAAAGAAAAACCUGAGAAGAAAGCAACUCACAAGGAAAAAAUGGAGAAAAAAGAAAAAACAGAAACAAAGUCAGUGGCAAAAGAAGAGAAGAAAGCUAAGACCAAGGAAAAGACUGAAGAAAAGACUAAAAAGGAGGUGAAAAGUGGGAAACAGGAGAAGGUGAAGCAAAUGACUGCAAAAGUAAAAGAAGUACAGAAAACAUCAUCUAAACCCAAAGAGAAGGAUGAAAAAGAGACCGCAGCUGUGUCUAAACAUGAACAGAAAGGUAAACAUUCAGAUGAGGCGCCUGGAGGUUCUAAGCGAAUAUUGGGCAAGAAGCAGAUGCAAUGAAAUUAAAAUCUGAAAAAGACUGAGAUCAGACAUCAAAUGGGAGAAAAAGACUUGUAUAAAUAAAUAUACCUGGAAAGAAAUACAGUAAAUUGGGUAUUAAAAUUUAUUUACAGAAAUACUUAAAUGUGUUCACAUAUCUAAAGAUGCAUUUUGAA